AUGAACCUGGAGCCACCCAAGGCCGAAAUUCGGUCAGCCACACGGGUUAUAGGAGGACCAGUUACACCCAGGAAAGGACCACCUAAGUUUAAACAACGGCAAACCAGGCAGUUCAAGAGCAAGCCCCCCAAGAAAGGCGUCCAAGGGUUUGGGGAUGACAUCCCUGGAAUGGAAGGCUUGGGCACAGACAUCACUGUCAUCUGCCCAUGGGAGGCCUUCAACCACCUGGAGCUGCAUGAACUGGCCCAGUACGGCAUCAUUUAG